ACAAGUUGAUGCUUCAUUCAAUUUUGACAACUACGUACCGGAAAGCUUUAAAAGAUGCUUCAUUCAAUACUCUCUAUAUCUGCUCUCUGCAUUCUCAUGGCAAUUUCUUCUUCUUAAGAGGAGCGGGCGUGGUAGUAGCUGGUAAAUUAGGAUUAUACUCUUUGUCUACAACUUAGCUAUGGGGACCACAAAGAUCUACAUAGUGUUUUACUCCUUACAUGGACAUGUAGAGAUUAUGGCACGAGAAAUCCAGCGAGGAGCUAAUACAGUUCCGGGUGUUGAAGCAACACUUUGGCAGGUUCCUGAGACACUUUCCAACUCGAUAUUGAACAAGGUGAAGGCCAAUCCUAAAGCAGAUGAUGUACCAGUUAUUCUGCCAGAACAACUUUUGGAGGCUGAUGGUUUUCUCUUUGGUUUUCCUUCUCGUUUUGGUGUGAUGGCAUCCCAAUUCAAAGCCUUCUUUGAUGCCACCCAUGAGCUAUGGGCAACCCAAGCUCUUGCUGGGAAACCUGCUGGAUUCUUCUGGAGUACUGGUUUCUAUGGUGGAGGCCAGGAACUUAGUGCAUUUACAGCCAUAACGCAGUUAGCACACCAUGGUAUGCUAUUUGUUCCUCUGGGGUACACCUUCGGCAGUGGCAUGUUUGAGAUGGGUGAAGUGAAAGGUGGGUCUUCUUAUGGUGCUGGAACUUUUGCAGCAGAUGGGAGCCGUCAACCCUCUGAAUUAGAACUCCAACAGGCCUUUUACCAAGGGAAAUAUGUUUCUGAAAUAACGAAGAAGCUCAAAGGUUAGCCUCCCUGAGCAAACUAGAACAUCUUCAAAAUGUUGUAAAAACUGAUCAUGAUCUAAAUGAUCAUUUCACUGAAGUUUAAUGAAAGAAGACGCUUGACGCAUGAGAGAAGUAAGUGUUACUUUGUUCCAUCAA